CAAGAACAUGGAGCAAGAUAUAGAAGGAUUAACAUUAUCUCGUGUUCAUCUCAAUGACAACAUCUGGUAUGAGAUUUUCUGGAUCCUCUAUUCAGAAGCCGCCGAACAGCUUCAACAAUUUGCAAAAACUUGUUGA